AAAGAAAAUCAACUUGUUUUAUACCUUAGAUUACCACAUGCAUGCAGUUAUUCUACCGGUCUUAUGUGGAAAAGUGUAAAGCACUAAAGAUGGCUUUAAAAUACAUAGAUAUCGGUGCGAAUUUAACUGAUUCCAUGUUUUGUGGCGUCUACGGCGGUUCGAAAAAGCAUCCAGAUGAUUUGGAUUUAGUUCUAAAACGCGCCUGGCAACAAGGUUUACAAAAAAUCAUUAUCACAGUAGGAACACUAAGUGAAGCUGACAAGGCUUUAGAAAUAGCAAAUAAAGACGAACGCCUGUAUGUAACAAUGGGUUGUCAUCCAACACGGUGUGGAGAAUUUCUUACUAAUCCCGAAGAAUAUUAUGAAGCUUUAAAGGAGAAAAUUUCGUCGAAUCCAAAGAAAAUUGUAGCUAUUGGUGAAUGUGGUCUCGACUACGAUCGUUUACAUUUUUGUGAUAAGGAAACUCAGAAAAUUUAUUUUGAGAAACAACUACAUUUAGCAAAAGAAUUCCAACUGCCAUUGUUUCUACAUUGUCGGAAUUCACACGAGGAUUUCAUGUGCAUUUUAGAAAGAAAUCGUUCUCUAUUUGAAUCAUGCGCUGGUGGUGUAGUGCAUAGUUUCGACGGAUCCUUAUCGGAAGCUGAAAAGAUUCUUAAUUAUCAUCCGCAAUUGUAUUUGGGUAUAAACGGUUGCUCUUUGAGAACGGUUGAUAACCUUACAGUAGCAUCUCAGUUAUCUAACGAACGUCUUAUGAUCGAAACUGACUGCCCUUGGUGUGGCAUUCGUCCUACACAUGCUGGUUUUGAAUUUGUAGAAACUAAAUUUCCGAGCGUAAAGAAGAAAGAAAAAUGGUCAGCUGAAUCCCUGAUAGAGGGUCGCUGUGAACCCUGUCAAAUAAGUCAAGUGUUAGAGGUUAUAGCUGGCAUUAAGAAGGAAUCUGUUAACAAGUUGGCCGACGUUAUAUAUAAUAAUACUGUUAGGUUGUUUUUUAAUAAGGAGAUGAAAUAAAAUUUCAUCUGCAUUUAACUUCAAAGAUAUUGUUUAAUUUUCUUGUCGUUUGAAGUCUAUAUGGAGUGUGUAAGCUGUAGCGAAAAUAAAGGAAGAUGGAUAAGAAGCCUCGUUGCUGUUAAAACAAAUUUAAAAUAUCGGAUCAUCAUCUCAAAUGUUUAAGUCAGUGUUUAAAGGAAAUAAAGCAUG